CGACACAGGCAGUUCUUGUGCGGCUAUUUUAUCGUUUUAUUUACGUUUUAUUGAAAUUUUAACGCGCUGAUUGGUGAUAUACCACAACUAUGAAUGAACUCAUCGGAAAAAUCGUGGUGAUCAAAAGAAAUGGGGCGGAUGGACCACAAUUUCCAUUAAGAACAACCGAAUGUUUAUUUGGAAGAAAACCGGCUUGUGACAUAAGGAUUCAAUUGCCAAACGUUUCAUUGGAGCACGCUUUGGUAAAAGUCGAAGACAAAGACAAGAUAAGAAUUGUCAACCUCAGCACAUCUAACCAAACUCUUGUCAAUGGGAAACCAAUAACUGAGGCAGAGGUACAGCAUUUAGAUGUUUUCACAAUAUGUGACAGGUCAUUCAGAUUUGAGUUUGCCUCACCAGUUUUGAAGAAAGCAAAGGAGAAAUCACCCAAGACUGACACCCGCCGCUCUGUCCCCUUGGCAAACACUCCCCCAGAGAGCCAAACUCCUAAAAUGCCAGUUGCACUAAAAGGCAGCCCUCGAACUCCCGCCACUGGGGGAAGCCUCAAGGAAAACAUACACCGGCUUCGUAGGUUUUCCAUGCCUUUGCAAGAGGAGGAUGAGAAUUUAACUUCCCCAGCAUCAAAUAAGCCACCAUUGUCCACGAUAUUUGUCAAUGCUGAGCCUCAAGACAAAAGUUAUCCCCAAGAAAGUACCGAACAAGUCAGUGUAGUAAAGUCUGUCGAGGAAGUAAAAGAGAAGACCAGAAGAAAUUCUAAAUGGGUCUCAUUUGGACCGGUUCUCAGUCCUGAACAGUUCGACAAAGAUCUACCUCCAGCUACUCCUGUGAGACGCGGUUCUACACCAAGGAGAGGAGCUGCUGCUUCUUCUGCCAAGAGAAGGAGAUCGGUUCUGUCUGUACCAAAAACCGACUGCAUAAGAGAAAAUGAUGACGUUGACGAGGAAGUAGACUCAAACGCGAAGUCGUCAGAAGAACAACAGAUUAAUAACGAGCAAGUUAACAACAACUCAGAGUCUUUUGGUAAUGAAACCGCUGCAGUGCAGGAAAAAGAACCAAGGUUUGUUGGGAACACACCUGAAAGUGGUCAGCCGUCGUCGGAACACGCUACCCCCAAAAGUACCAAACCUAAAAGCAGAAGAUCAUCCUCUCUAUUCGAAGAAACAAAGUUAGAGCUCACUGGGACCAGCAGACUCACUGCAUCAGGUGAAGUUGAUCUUGUGACAGAGGAACGUAAAGACACAAGACGAUUGUCACUGAGACUAGCGCAGAAAAGCCCUAGACAGCAAUCUAUAGUGCCCGAGAUGGUCUCUUCUACAACUAAUGACGAUGAAGACAUUGAUGAAACUAUUUUGGAUAGCGAUGAUUACACUUCGGAUGAAGAAGACUCAAUGGGAGAAGAGACAAGAAGAGAAGGAAAAGAGACGAAGCAGAACACACUACUUCAGAAAGGAGUUGAGCUACAGAAGGCAAAGAAGAUGGCUACACCUAUGAGAAAUGAGAUCGCAAAUGGCGUCAGUCUCCGACAAACAAAAAAGAAGAUGAAAACACCUUUAAGAAAAGAAAUCGAAGAGGGUGUUCAAUUAAACGAGACAAAGAAGAGCAUGGCCACACCAUUAAAGAAAGAUAUUGAAAAUGGGACCACCCUUCGACAAAUCAAAAAGAAAAUGGCAACACCGUUGAAAAAAGAGAUAAAAGAGGGAAUCAAAUUGCAACAGACAAAGAAGAAGAUCGCGACACCCUUAAAGAAGGAAAUUGAAAAUGGGACAAGUCUUCGAGAAACCAAAAAGAAGAUGGCGACACCCUUAAAGAAAGAAAUCGAAAAUGGGACAAGCCUCCGAGAAACCAAAAAGAAGAUGGCCACACCCCUAAAGAAAGAAAUCGAAAAUGGGACAAGCCUUCGAGAAACCAAAAAGAAGAUGGCCACACCCCUAAAGAAAGAAAUCGAAAAUGGGACAAGCCUUCGAGAAACCAAAAAGAAGAUGGCCACACCCCUAAAGAAAGAAAUCGAAAAUGGGACAAGCCUUCGAGAAACCAAAAAGAAGAUGGCCACACCCCUAAAGAAAGAAAUCGAAAAUGGGACAAGCCUUCGAGAAACCAAAAAGAAGAUGGCCACACCCUUAAAGAAGGAAAUUGAAAAUGGGACCAGCCUUCGACAAACUAAAAAGAAGAUGGCAACUCCUCUCAGGACAGAUAUCUUGGAAGGCGUGAAAUUGAGAGAGACAAANUAUGAGAAAUGA